GGCGGUCCCAUUGCCGUUGCCAGCGUGGCCCUGAGCGGAGUGCGGAGCAGGCCGGUCCCACACACGCUGCACCGCACCGGGACGCAGCACCUCCCCGCCGGCUACCCCGACACGAAGGCCCGGCCCCAGCCGCCCGCCCCACCCCACGUACGGCUUCGACUGGAGGGAAGUCCUAUAGUGGCAGAAGAAACAGCGAGGGGCGUGCGCCGCACAGCAGGACCGACACGCUAUGCGGUGGCUGGCACUCUGGGCGGUCGCUUCCUUCACGCUCCAGGGCUUCUGCCUCGCCACAGAUGACACGUCCUCGUCGGCGCACGACGUCGUCGCGCCGGAGGACGCCAACCACCAGCUC